CUCCCUUUAUAUCUUUAGUACGACCCAGACUACGCCCAAUAUGCCUCUUACACGGUCCACCGAUCCCCUAGUCUGGAUCGACUGCGAGAUGACGGGCCUCGACCCGACGACCGACCACAUCCUCCAAAUCUGCUGCUUUAUCACCGAUGCCGACCUAAACCUCCUCGACGCAACCGGCUUCGAGGCCGUGAUACAUGUCCCGCAGAGCGCGCUCGACUCGAUGUCGCAGUGGUGCAUCGACACCCACGGCCGUACUGGACUAACGCAGCGCGUCCAGAACUCGACCGUGACGCCCGAGGCCGCGGCCGCCGACCUGCUCGCCUACAUCAAGCGGUACAUACCAAAACCACGGACUGCAUUGCUGGCGGGCAACAGCGUGCACGCGGAUAAAGCGUUUCUGGCCUGUGGACCGUAUGCGGCAAUUCUGGAGUGGCUGCACUAUCGGAUAGUGGAUGUGAGUACAAUUAAGGAGGUUGUCAGGCGGUGGGGAGGGGAGGGGCUGUUGAGCGCGGUACCCCCAAAGAAGGAGGUGCAUGAGGCCAGGGAGGACAUUCUGGAGAGCAUUGAGGAGAUGAAAUUCUAUAAAGAGCAGCUGUUUGGUGCUAGCAAGCUAGCAAAUAAAUAA